AUGAGUAACAACCACGAAAUCAAGCAAACUGUUUACAUUAGCUUCAACAAUGAUGACCCACACGUCCCUUCUUUCAUCAGCUACCUCGACGCGGCUUUAUACCGCGAAGGGAUCGAUGUGGUACUUGACAAAACCGGCCACGAGCUAGAGAAGGAUCGGUUUUCCGAUGUCAAGCUUUUUCUGGUGGUUUUCUCGAACCUUUAUGCGUUUUCCGUGGCAUGCCUUGAGAACCUCGUGAGGCUUCUUGAGUUCCUGCAACAAAAAGGCCAUGUGAUAGUUCCGGUAUUUUACGACGCAAAGGUGAAAAACCCAAUGGAGGUAUUGGGUGACAAGUUUGCCGUGCUCGAGAAGUCGCAUUCUGCGGAUCAGGUGACUAAGUGGUGGCGAGUGCUAGAGGAAACCAUGAAGUUACAAGGCCAUGAUCAGUAUUCUGAUGAGCCAAGGUAUGCGAAUGCAACUUCAUGA